AUAUGGUAAAAUGGUUUAUGCCUCUUCCAGUAAGGUUUAUUCCAUCAUCAUUUGAGGUCAUGAAGACCAUGUCUAGAUCUGGAGUUUAGAAUCAAAGAUUAAUAUGGAUGAGGAAGAAGUAAAGGCUUGGGCCCUAGCAUCAGGAGCAUGUAGUCACACACAUAGUUGCAAUCCUCCAGGACCAGAGGAUGCUUCUCACUCACACACAUGCUACCACACUCACACUCAUCUCAUCAUCCCAGAUUCGCAAGAGAAUGAUCAUUCUGACAGCAGCAACAAGAGGCGAUCACGUGGGAACAAAGAGGCAGUGAGGAAGUACAGGGAGAAGAAGAAGGCUCGCACAGAAUACCUUGAAGACGAAGUCAAGAGACUGCAAUCUAUGAAUGAGUUCUUGCUUAGAAAGCUUCAGAGUCAAGCAAUACUGGAAAAUGAAAUCAUCAGACUCCGGACUCUUCUGGUAGAUAUGCAGGGAUCAAUUGAUGAUGAACUCAGUGGUUUCUCAUUUCAGAAGCAAUGCAACAGUUCUGGUUUUGUGUUCAAAGAAGAUGGAUGCAACGUAGCAACAAGGAAUGUGAUGUGUGAAGUGGCAAGAGUAGAGUGCCAGGAGGGCAAAGCACUUCAUGAACCUGUUCACUCUUAUGUUCCCCAUUCACCACCAUUCUCACGUUAAGGCUUUUCACAGGUAACAUAUGCACAUGUUACAGCUUAUUCCACAUAUGACUAUUUUGGAGGGUACUAAAACAUAUGGAAUUGAUAGAUGUAACUUGAUUUUGGAAUGAGAAGGACGAGGAGGAUUGUAGUUGUAUGUAUGUAUGUAUGAUGAUCUUGGGCUUGAAAGAUCUUUUGGGGUCCAUAUUUAGAUUCUCUAUAUGUGGGCAUGGUGAAAACCCAAACACAUAAGGAUAAGGUAUGCAGCAUACAUGUGAGUCUAUUGGUGUGAACUGCCCCAAUCAUUGUAAUUUUAUUCAAUUUGUUUCAGAACAUUUUCACAUAAUAAUCAUUC